AUGAACCAGGGCAAGUUCGAAAUGAGGGAAGGUGUGUACAACGAAAAGGGAGGAGGCAAGGGGAACAACUGGGAAAAGGAACCCAAGGGAUUUAACGCAGAGGAGUUGCAAAACUUUUUCAGCACUUGGAGAAAAUUCUACAAGGAAAAAACAAACGAAUUAGGAGAGAGAAAAAACUUCCUGGUAUUUGACAAGGAGAAGGAUCUGGACAGCGGAAACACUGAGUACUUUAACUCGUACAACUAUAUCCAUAUACAUGAGGACAUGAUAAAGGAUGAAGUGAGGACAAGGACUUACUAUGAUGCUAUUAGAAAGAAUGAGCAUUUGAUAAAGGACAAAAUUGUGUUAGACGUGGGAUGCGGAACGGGAAUCCUCUCCUUCUUUGCUGCCAUGUCGGGGGCAAAGCAUGUGUACAGUAUCGAAAAAAGUAACAUCAUCUAUACGGCGGUAAAAAUCAGAGACGAAAAUAAUUUAACGGACAAAAUAACCUUCUUGAAGGGAUUGGCGGAGGAAAUCGAGCUGCCCGUGGACAAAGUGGACAUCAUAAUAUCAGAGUGGAUGGGUUACUGUCUGUUGUACGAAAAUAUGUUGGACACGGUUCUUUACUGUAGAGACAAAUGGCUAAGGGAGGGAGGACUGCUCUUUCCCGAUAAGGCAUACAUGUACAUGGCUGGCAUUGAAGAUAGUUUAUAUAGGGAAGAAAAAUUUGACUUUUGGAGAAAUUGUUACGACCUAAAUUACACUUCAGUGUUGCCAAUAUUGAAGGAAGAAGUCGUUAUCGAUUAUGUAGACAAGAAUUUCAUCAUCAGCUUCACCACCGGGCCGUACGGGGGACACACACAUUGGAAGCAGAUCGUGCUGUAUACCGACCACGUGCUCACUGUGGAGAAGCAUGAGGUGCUGCGCGGCAUGUUUGCUCUCAGGAAAAACGCCAAGAAUAAGAGACACAUCGACAUGAAGCUACACUACGUCUUCGAAGGCGCCCACACGCGCGCGCGCGCCACGCAGUUCUUCAACAUAAGCUGA